GCGGCGGGCGCGGAGCUGGAUGGGGACCUCGAGGAGCGGCGGCUGCGGCCGGAGGCGGGGGCCUUCCUGGCGAGCGAGCAUCAGCACAUCCGCUACAACCCGCUGCAGGAUGAGUGGGUGCUGGUGUCCGCCCACCGAAUGAAGCGACCCUGGCAGGGGCAGGUGGACCCCCUCCCCACUGAGGACGUACCUCGGCAUGACCCCCACAACCCCCUCUGUCCCGGGGCAAUUCGGGCCAAUGGCGAGGUGAAUCCCUACUACGAGGGCACCUUCCUGUUCAACAAUGACUUCCCUGCCCUGCAGCCUGAUGCCCCUAGUCCUGGACCCAGUGAACACCCACUAUUCCGAGCUGAAGCUGCCCGAGGAGUUUGUAAGGUCCUGUGUUUCCAUCCCUGGUCCGAUAUCACACUGCCGCUCAUGUCUAUACCUGAGAUCCGAGCUGUCAUUGAUACAUGGGCCUCAGUCACGGAGGAGUUGGGUGCUCAGUACCCCUGGGUACAGAUCUUUGAGAACAAAGGAGCCAUGAUGGGCUGUUCCAACCCCCACCCCCACUGUCAGGUGUGGGCUAGCAGCUUCUUGCCAGACAUGGCCCAGCGGGAGGAACGAAGCCAGAGGGCCUAUCAAAAGCAGCAUGGAGGUCCCAUGCUUUUGGAGUAUGGGCGUCAGGAAGCUGAGAGAAAGGAGCGAGUGGUCCUAGAGAGUGAACACUGGCUGGUGCUGGUGCCCUUCUGGGCUGUCUGGCCUUUCCAGACGCUGUUGCUGCCACGGAGACAUGUGAAGAGGCUCCCAGAGCUGAGCUCUGUAGAACGAGAUGAUCUGGCUUGCAUCAUGAAGAAGCUGCUGACCAAAUAUGACAACCUAUUUGAGACAUCCUUCCCGUAUUCCAUGGGCUGGCAUGGUGCCCCAACUGGGGCUGAGGCUGGGGCUGAUUGUGACCACUGGCAGCUCCACGCCCACUACUAUCCACCACUGCUUCGAUCAGGCACCAUCCGAAAGUUCAUGGUUGGUUAUGAGAUGCUGGCCCAGGCUCAAAGGGACCUGACCCCAGAGCAGGCUGCAGAGCGAUUGAGGGCACUACCAGAAGAUCAUUAUAGGCUUCGACAGAAGGACUCGUCCUGACCAUGGUCCUCAGUUAGGACUGGUUCCAAGCUGUCAUCUACCUCCCCCACCCCCAAUUUGCUUCAACCCCCUUAUCUC